GAAGGCGAUCCUCCGCUAGCGGUCCUUCGCGUCGGCACAUCGAAAACAGCGGCAACCUCGCGCCGCGUGCAGCAGCAAAGCUCAUUUCGAAGCGUACAGUGACGUCACGACACCCACAUAGCGCCGCAGAGAACACCGAGGCCCAGGACAUGGACGACCCACUCGUAGUGGACCUCCGUUCGGACACGGUGACCAAGCCGACGCCUGAAAUGCGCCGGGCCAUGAUGGACGCCGAGGUCGGCGACGACGUCUUCAAGGAGGAUCCCACCGUCAACGAGCUGGAGCGGGCGGUGGCCGAACUUCUAGGCAAGGAUGCCGCGUUGUUCAUGCCCAGUGGAACAAUGGGCAACAUUGCAUCAGUAAUGGCUCACUGUGACCGGAGGGGCCAGGAGAUGCUGGUCGGCGACGCCUCGCACAUCUUCCUCAACGAGCAGGGAGGAGCGGCACAAGUGGCCUCAGUGCAUAGCUGGGCCGUUCCGACGCAGAAGGACGGCCGACUCCUCAUAGAAGACCUGGAGUCACGGGUCAGGUACCGCGACAUACCCUGCCCAAGGACUGCACUGCUCUGUCUGGAGAACACGCACAACAUGAGCGGGGGCACAGUCCUCUCCGUCGACUACGUGGAACAGGCUUCACGAUUCGCGAGGAGUCACAAGAUACCGCUGCACAUGGACGGCGCGAGGAUUAUGAACGCGGCGACGUACCUGGGCCUCUCCGCGAAGGACAUCCUCAGGGGUUGCGAUUCCGUUAUGUUGUGCAUUUCAAAGGGACUCGCCUGUCCUGUGGGGUCCCUGGUGGCUGGAACGAAGGACUUUGUGUACAAGCUGGUACGCGCGCGAAAGUGCCUGGGCGGAGCCAUGUGCCAGUCGGGGGUCGUGGCCGCGGCGGGCCUCGUCUCCCUGAAGACCGUCUUGCCCAGGCUGCACGAGGACCACGAGAACACGCAGAGGCUCGCCAGGGGCGUCAGCCUCCGGGGCAACCCGUACAUCAGCGUGGACCUGGAGACGGUGCAGACCAACAUCAUCGUCUACGACUUCCACGACACCUGCAGGCUGUCGCCGCUUACAUUCUGCGAGCGCCUCAACAAGGUGACGGAGCGGGAGUACGACGACCUCCAGCAGGCCGUCACGGUGAAGAUGAGCGCGGUCAGCCAUAGCAAGGCACGCGCCGUGCUCCACAAUGAUGUGAGCGCGGACGACGUGGACGCGGCCGUGGUCAAGAUGCGCUACGUCGUCGAAGAACUCUGCCGGUCGGCCCCAGUCUAGCCGGAGUGGUACCGACGCGAUUUUGGCUGCAUUAGUUGAGGGAGUGCCUAUAUAACACUUAGUCCAUCAAGGAUGGCAGGUUGGAACACGUUGGUAAGGCACGCACCUUGAUUUUUUAGCACAACUCGGGUUCAGAGUAGAGGAAAUCGAUUACUUUAUUCAUCGUUUCGACCAUGCCACACGCAUCGUCUGCACCGCGCUCUUCGAGCCGACGUCUUUCUCUCUGAUGUUAUAGAAGCCCUACUCAAGGAAUGCCACGUAAUUCACCGUACCACUACUGCAUACCACCCGCAAACUAAUGGGAUGACUGACCACGUGUCCACGAUUCUUCUGCAGGUAUACUACAUCUCUUGGUAGCAGGCGUAGCGCAGCGCUGGUACAUCAACGCAUGCGAAAACUUAGAUGUGUCCCGUUUUUUUAUUGCAUUUGUCACACAGAAGGCGCUAGGAGGCGAUUUUCCUAUAGUCAGAUGCAUGGUUUCCGAGCGCAUCGCCAUUUCUCGCUGCACGUCGUGUUUUAAAGCUUACUGAGAGAGAGAGACGUGGUCGUACCGUGACCCGACCUGCGACGUGCUCGCAAAGCUUUGCGCUGCGCCAUAGAGUUUCUCACUAUAACACCUAGAGGGAAAUUUGGCGCCACCGUCUAUGGGAGUUUCCCAAGGGGGGCUGUGCCGUCGUGGGAAUGACGGUAUGUGUGUCUGCGAGGCUUGUGUUCGCUGGUGUUGUAAGAGGAUUCGUCUGAAACGUGGAUAUAUGGCUGCACAAAUAACAAAUAACGACUUCCUUAAGUAAAAUCUGCAUAAUAUGUCCCCCCCCCCAUUUAGGCAUAUUACAUCACCUACUGGAGUUUACUCACCUACAAUGCAUGACGAAGGGAAGAAAAGCAAGAACAGACGACAAACUGCUCCAAAGCGAGCACGAAUCUUGUCGUCUGUCCUCCAACUUUAGUGGGCCGCCGAUACUUUUUACGUUUCAUAUAAUUGUACAUGCAAUAACAAGUUCUUAUAAUUAAAUAAAACGCUUUUGUGUAAUAAAGCUAAAACUUAUUUUACGUGCUGUUUUAGUAGAAAAAAAUCUGUGUGGCAGACGGAACGGUGCUUGCCAGGCCGUCCGAGAACGAUGCCAAUCCGAAGUCGCAAUAUACCGGCAUUGCCAUGCGUACCACAGCGCACGCAGCAGCGCCAGAUUUCCCUCUAGGUAAUAUUGUGAGAAACUAUGAUCUGCGCUUUCAAAAAGGUAGCAGAGACAAUGGACAAGACUGAAGUACAAUCGCCCCAGCUUCGUGCACACGACCACGACCUUUUUUUUUUUAUUAGUUUCGCCUGGUUAAGUCGGGAGCCGAACUCUCUAAAUGUGCUGCAUACAGCACGUAAUAGUUCACUAGACCUCGUCAUUUUUAACUAUUGUUUCUUCCAUUUAAUUUUCAAAAUGUCCUAAAAAUGAAGCGGUUAUCUUGUAAGAGCUAAUAAAGCCACUACUGCUCCGGUGAAGUCA